AUGCAGACCAUGGCCCAACCCACCGCAGUCCCAUCGUAUGGUGGUGCCAUGCCUCUGCCCGUCCGCCGCAAGCCCAUUGCAACCCCCGGCAUCGCCGUGCGCCCGCCGCCCGCACAGUACAGCGACACCGCCAUGGGCCACUCGCGAACCCGCACCACUUCGUCCGGCGUGUUCCCGCCCGUGGCCCCCCCACCCGCAGCCGCCGCUGCGACCAUGAACGCCCAGUACCCGCAGUAUCCCUCGCAGUACCAGAGCUCGCUGCGCCGCACCCCGACCUCGUCGACCAGCUCGACCACGGGCACGCCCAACCGCUCCAACAGCGGCGCCCUGCGCCGCUCGUCGUCGACGCGCUCCGGCACCUCGCCCACGUCGUACGUCGCCCUGAUGCGCAAGCAAAAGGCCACCGUCUGGUGCGACCGCGCCCAGUACGAGGACCCGCGCAUCCAGGCCCAGCAGCGCCAGGCGCGCAUGCGAGCCAACAUGGAGGUCGCGGGGGGCAAGGGCGCGCCCGCCCGCGGGCCCUCGGGCAGCUCGAGCAUGGCCGCCGGCAUGCGCUCCAAGGUGCGCCACCACGGCGCUCCCAAGGCCACGCUAUACGCGCCCACCACAUACACCGGCACCGGCGUCCCCAUGCGUCUCAGCGCCUCCGAGGUCGACGAGGGCGACGACGACGACAACGGCUCCAACGGCGGCCAGUACCACCACCGCACCGGCUCGGGUCGCAGCUCGCUGGGCUCCGGCCGCCGCGUCUCGUACGCCAGCCCCGCCGGCCGCCUGUCCUCGGCCUCAACGCCCCCGCAGAACUCGUCGCCCGACGACCUGGGCGACCUCGCCGAGGAACCCACGCCCAACCCCUCCCACGACGCCCCCGAGUACUUCAUGCACAAGACUAACACGCACCUCUCCACCAACAGUGGCAGCAGCGAGGAGCGCAACUUCGGUGCCCCGGCGCCCAUGAAGCAGCUCCCCAAGCUCGAAGUCACGAAGAACUCGGAUCUGAUGCGCAAGGGCAGCGUGGAUGAGCGCACCACCACAAUGAGCAAUACGCGGCUGUUCAUUGCGAAUCCUGAUGCCGAUAGCGAUUAG